UUUUGUCGGGGAUUUAUUUAGAUAUUACAAUUAUGAGAAAGAUUACAAAGACAAUUCGAUUACCGACAAUACUACCUGUCUUAUGAGGAUCUACGUCUAACUGCCUCAUUUGAGCCGUCAUAUGAAGAUCACGCCUGGCCGGAUUUACUUGCACCAUGUUGAGAAACUCUUGUAAGCCUUUCUUCCGUAAUCGCAUAAUUGUUGAAUAAAUCGCUUGUUCCGGGAGUUGAAACCUAGAUUUCCUGUGCAAUCUGCAAGAAAUUGCAUAGUCUGGGAUUUGAACCCCAGACCUGGGUGUAAAAGCCUUUAAACCAUAACCACUAGGAUACGGUGCUUCCACUGAUAACCUUGUUCUUGUAAGUCAGUUUUUUUUUGGCACAUAUGUUUCAGUUACCUGUUUCAUGAUUAUCUUUUAUUUUAAUUGGGUCGAAACAGACAAUCAAAGCCUCAUGAGCCAAGCUAAUGGGUAUUAAGAAUAUAUUCAUCUUAAUUUAACAUGUUAAAAUGGGCCGAAACACCUGCAAGCUUGACCACCGUCCAAAAGUCAGUCCCAGUCCCCGCUCCUUCACAUCCAACGGCUCUGAUUAUAAAGUAUCAGAUUCUUUUCAUACGUGGAUUUCAAACCUGUAUUCCAAUCCCCUUAAAUUUUCCCCCACGCGCCCGCCACCUUCUACCGCUUUAUCCCGUCACAUACGCUGCUGACCUCUUUAAACUCCCUGCUCUACCUCUCACCAGCUCUUCCGGUCACACCAGUUAACUCUCUCAUCCGUUUUUUUUUCUGUUCUUUCAAAAAAAAAAAACGCUCUCUCUGUCUUCUCUCAGCUGAGGUGAUCGAUCUUCUCCUUCUUAAUUCUCCAUCUAAGAUUUGUUCUUUUUUAUUGCAUUUUAUCUAGAAAUGUGCUUCUGUCUUUCGGACAUUAUUAAGGUUUAGAUUCAGCUGUGUUGUGGUCCGGAUCGUACGAUUUGGCCUGUGAUCUUCCCACAGCUGCAUAUACACUUAUUGGUUCCAUUCACUGGGUCCUCCCUUCGUUGAUCCUUUUCAGAUUAAGCAAUGUGUGGUCUCUCUAAGAAUGAUUCUGAGUUGGAACAUUCGUUUUCCGCCUUACUUGAGUUUGCUGCUGACAACAACGUGGAAGGCUUUAAGCAGCAACUCUCUCUUGUGCCUUGUAUCAACCAGAUGGGUCUCUGGUACAGACGCCAGAGGUUCGUUAGGAGAAUGGUUGUUGAGCAAAGAACACCCUUGAUGGUUGCUUCCAUAUACGGAAGUGUUGACGUCGUGAAGCUCAUUCUUUCCUUCCCGGAAGCCGAGUUGAAUCUGGCGUCCGGUUCGGAUAAAAGCACUGCUCUUCAUUGCGCUGCGUCUGGUGCUUCUGUGAACUCCUUGGGUGUUGUCAAGCUUCUUCUGAGCGCAGGAGCUGAUCCUAACAUCCAUGAUGCUCAUGGGAACCGUGCUGUUGAUGUUCUCGUUGCGUCUCCCCACGCUCCUGGUUUGAGAACCGUUCUUGAAGAGAUCUUGAAGAAAGAUGAAGAUCCGUCGUCUAGCUUGGGGUCAAGUUUACGUUCUCUCUCGUCAUCGCCGGAGAACGGUUCCUCUUUGCUCUCUUUAGGUUCAGUCUCCUCUCCAACUAAGGUGGAUGCAUCAGAGAAAAAAGAGUACCCGCUUGAUCCAUCAUUGCCUGACAUCAAAAGCGGGAUUUACUCAACGGAUGAGUUCCGUAUGUUCUCGUUUAAGAUCCGUCCCUGUUCUCGAGCUUACUCCCACGACUGGACCGAGUGUCCAUUCGCACACCCGGGUGAGAAUGCGAGAAGAAGAGACCCGAGGAAGUUUCACUACACAUGUGUCCCAUGUCCUGAUUUCAAGAAGGGUUCUUGUAAGCAAGGUGACGCGUGUGAAUACGCUCACGGGGUGUUUGAGUGCUGGCUACACCCUGCUCAAUACAGGACACGUCUGUGCAAAGAUGGGACGAGCUGCAACCGAAGGGUUUGCUUCUUUGCUCACUUAAAGGAAGAGUUGCGUCCUUUGUACGCUUCCACAGGCUCUGGAUUGCCGUCUCCUUCUUCUGCUGCCUCCACUAUGGACAUGGCUUCGGUUCUGAACAUGUUACCAGGCUCACCAUCUGCCGCUCCAAUCUCUCCUUCUGCAUCAAUGGGUUGGCCUCAACAGAACAACAUACCUGCGUUGCAUCUCCCUGGUAGCAAUGUGCAGUUGAGUCGUCUGAGAUCUUCUCUGAACGCUAGAGAUAUUAUUCCUUCUGAGCAACUUAGCAUGAUGCAAGAGUUUGAAAUGCAGUGUAUGUCAAGUCCACGCUUUAUGAAUCAUCAUCACUCCGCUCGUCCCAAGACGCUUCUGACACCUUCGAAUCUAGAGGAGCUUUUCUCAGCCGAGGUUGCAUCAUCCCCACGCUUCUCUGAUCAACUUGGCGUCUCGUCUGUUCUAUCGCCUUCCCAUAAAUCAGCUCUUCUUAACCAACUUCAGAGUAACAAGCAGCAGAGCAUGCUUUCUCCUAUCAAGACGAAUCUAAUGUCUUCUCCAAAGAAUGUGGAGCAUCAUUCUCCACGAGCCAUGGAGCCUAUUUCUCCAAUGAACUCUCGGAUGAAACAGCAGCUGCAUCCACGUAGCCUUAGCUCCCGUGAUUUUGGAUCCAGUCUGCCCCGUGAUAUGAUGCCGACAGACUCCGGUUCGCCGCUAAGUCCUUGGUCAAGCUGGGACCAGAACCAUGGAAACAAGGUGGAUUGGUCGGUACAGUCGGAUGAGUUAGGCAGGUUAAGAAAAUCUCAUUCUUUGGCUAAUAAUAAUAACUCAAACAGGGAAGCAGAUGUUACAUGGGUUCAGCAGCUGGUAAAAGACUCUGCUGCAUCACCUAGGAACAAUAACGGAGCCAUGAACAUGAAUGGUUCGAGGCCGCUGGUUCAAGGUGGUUCUAGUGUGAACCCUCCUCACAGUGAGAGCGACAUUCUUGAUGCGUGGCUUGAGCAGCUGCAGCUAGAUCGCUAAGCUGUGAAACUGAUGAUGAUUUGUUGUAUCUUUUACUUUCAUUAAAUUGAUUCUUGUCUCUCUGUUGUAGCAAAAGGCCAAGUGUUCCUCUUUCCCUCUUGCUAUUUUUUUUUUGUAUUCUCGUUUCUUUAAUAUCUCCAUUCAUAUUGUAUGAGAAAUAAUAGCAUAUUGUUUCAGCUAAUAAGAUUCAUUCAUGGUUUAUUCUGUU